AUGCUAUCUAGAUUGUGUGCAUAAAAAUUUACUACAUAAAUUUAGGGAGUUCCGAUAUAAUGUAAUUGUUUCAUAAAAGUGAUUUAGUAUUGGAAGCAAUGAAAUUUGACAUUCCAAAGGUGUAAGAGGAGCGAUAAAAAAAUAUUAGAACUCUUACAUGUUAUCUAUAAGAUCGAUUACAUGACAGUUAAUUGAUGGAAUUUGUUAGAGAUGUUGAAUAGAUAAGAGAGAAGGUAUUAGAAUAUUUUGAUAAUCGUAUUAUAGGAGUAUACGAAUACUUUACAAUUGAAAUCUAAUAUUUUCAGACUUUUCAAUUAAUGUAUGAUUUUAUAGUAAUUGCAGAUCAAGUUUUAGAUCUUGUACCAUUGGCAUUAAAAAUAGAUCUAUAAGAAUUGUAGAAAGAACAUUUCUAUGAUGAUUUUGAAAGAAUAGAUACAGAGAUAAAAAGCGAAUAUUCAUGUUUUGUUUAAAAUCGAGCAAGUCUAUUUUAGCCAUAGAAUAAAAGUAUAACAGAUUUUAUUCAAUAUUAACGUAAACAUCAUAAAUUGAGAAUUGAAUAAAAUGUCAAAGUGUCAGAAUUUACAUAGAUAAUAGAUGAUGGUUUAAUAAACACUCUAUUACCAAAAUAGGAGAUUGAUUCUUAAGAAUCAAAUAGUAAAGAGAUAUUUAAGAAUUAAUUGGUCUUGUCUAGAUAUUCUAGAUUGAUGAAUAAGCAUAUAAAAUAAAAGGAUGAAUGUGAACUUAGAACUCCUUUAGAAUUAAGAUAAUCAGACAGUGUUGAUGAACUAAAAUAAACUAAUUAAGUUUGUUUAUAUAAUUUACCAUAUAUAUUGGAUGAUAACUUUAAGGAGGAGUGUAGAGUUUAUUUUGAAUAAAGAUUUGGUGAAAUAGAAUCAAUUGAGUAUUUUGAGUAUUCUAAUUUCAAAAAAUAAGUUGAUUUAAUAGCAUCUCAAAAAGAUAAUGAGAAUAAAGAUUUUUAUUAAAGUUUAGAUAAGUUGAGUUCAACAAAGAAGUUAUUAGAGAGAGUAAAAGUAAAUAAGAAUAAAAAGUUAUAUAAAUCAUAUGCUGUGAUUAAUUUUAAGAAUAAAGAAUCAAAAUAGAAUGCUUUAUAUUAAGAUUUAAGAAUAUUUGGUAUAAAAUUCAAAGAUUUGUAAUUGAGAAUAGAUGAUGCUGAUCAUAAGAAAUUACUUUAUGUGAAUAAUUUAUAGAAAUAUUCAAAUGUUUAGUAUUUGUUAGAAUUCUUGAACAUGCAUUUGGGUAUUCAAUUUGAACCAUUGGAUGAGAGAUUAUUAUUACAGAAUAAUAUAGUAUGUUUAAUUUUAAAAGAUUUUUAAGAAAGCUAGAGAGUUUUUGAGAAAUUAAAUAAUUUAACAUUUUCAGUAAAUUUAUUGAAUAUUUUUAUAGAGAUUUAAAAUGAAUUUAUUUCAUUAUCCAGAUGGAUUAAAAUAUAUGGGAAAUAGAAUAGCUGAACAUUUCAAUACUAAUACAGCAUUAUAAGUUUUGGAAUAGAAUUUGUAAAAGUUAAGAUUUGAAAUGGAAGAGAAUUGGAAGGAAAUUGAAUAAUAAGUAGAAUAAAGAAAUAUAGUUAAAUAAGAGCCUUAAUAACCUGUUAAAUAAGAGAUACAAUCAACAGAUAUGCAAUAAUGCAUAAUUGAAAUGAUUGAAGACUCUUAUUAAGAAGAAGAAUUUCAAUUGGAGCUCUUUGGUUUAGUAUGGGAUGAAGAAGCUCAAUACUGAUUAUAAAUAUUAACAAG